AUGGAGGAGCAAGUAGACAGGCUAGUGGAUAAAGUAUGGGAGAAGUUCCACUCUUUACCAGAAAAUGGUCGCUUGAUGAUUGCUAUCAGUGGCAUUCCAGGUUCUGGGAAGACAGGGCUCGCCAGUAUUAUGGCCAAUCGCAUCAACCAGCUCUACUCAAAACAAUAUGCAAAUCAGCCGUCCAUAGCGGCAGACAUCCCUAUGGAUGGCUAUCACCUCACACGAGCACAACUGGCUCAAAUGCCGGAUCCAGACUACGCUGCUGCGCGACGUGGUGCGGCUUUCACCUUUGACGGCGAGAAGUUUCUGAGGCUAGUGCAGGCACUGAGGGAGCCGAUAACAUCGGAGGCGCACAUAUUGUACGCUCCAAGCUUCGAUCAUGCGGUCAAGGAUCCGGUUGAUGACGAUAUACCUAUUGCCCCGACAAGCAGGAUAAUAUUCUUCGAGGGGAACUACCUCAGUUUGAACAAGGAACCGUGGAGCUCUGCGGCAAAGCUCAUGGAUGAGCUAUGGUUCGUUGAGGUUGAUUUUGAGACUGCCCGGAAGAGGCUGGUCCGGCGACAUGUUCAAGCGGGGAUCGCAAAGGAUGAAGCUGAGGCGGACAAACGGGCGAUGGAGAACGAUCUCGUCAACGGACGGGAGAUUGUGGAUAACAGGAUGGAUGUUCAAGAGAUUAUUACCAGUUACUACGAUACCCGGUGGGAUAGGUGA